AUGCCCCAGAAGGCCUCGCCCCAAUGUGGAUCCACAACGGAGAGUUGGAGUUGGAGUGCCAGGCUAUUUCACGGAUCUUCGCGGAAGCUAAGGCCCAUCGCGCUGCCAGAGACACGCUUCCUGACCAUGGCCAUGAACACUCUCCUAGAAACUGAUUGGAGCCAACUCUCCAUGGAAAAGGCGAGGGUGAAACUUUUAAGGGUUGAAAGCAUCUUUGUAAAGGACGUGCCAGAACAUCCAGAAAAUACCGAUGCACUGACCCUGGCCAAGCUGGAACUGCUUCCUGAGCUGCGCCUGGAUGGGAUCCACAUGAGCACGGUUUAUGUGAAGUCACAUCUCGCACCUGCCAUGAAGAAAGCCUGGGGAUGAAAAAGUAAGGGACGCAGCCAACAGCGGCAGGGAGCCGGGUUGUGGUUCUAAUGGGCUACUGAUGCUACUGCCCAGUUUUCAUUGAAUACUGUUCGCUGCUUUCCGGCCAUUAAUGGAACAGCACAUGCACCUAUUGAGUGCUUUGUUCAAACGCAAUGUGCUGUGACUUGAAACGUUGGAGGUUUCACAUGCCAGAGCUGACCCAUUGCCAGAGCUCACCCAUUUUGGCCCAGUGGAUUUCAAUACCUCGGGGGGUAGUGCUGUUUGGACUUCAACAUGUGUUUGUAGGAAGCCAUGGAAGCUUUGAAGAUUUGGAAACUGCAUGAGAGUGAGCCUCCCUUGCGGUACACGCAAGCCAGAACACCCAUGGGGCGUAGUUCCUUGCGGAAAACACAAACCGAGCAACUGCAGAGGCAGACUGUUCGACAGCUGAUUCAUGAACGCCAAGGAGAAGACUCCACAACGGCUUACUUUGGGAGCAGUCGCCCAGGCACUGCUGGUAGCUGCCGCAGUGUUUGGACACGAGGAAGCUCACAAUCGACAUGCGUUCCCUCCAGUGGAACUCCAAGUCUUGUUCCGCCAUGUGUGGGAAGAUUGGAGAAGAGGUGAAAAACAAGUUGCCAAAGCUGAGGGCCAUAAAGAUUGCAAACAUGACUUGCUAAUUAUGUAUUAUAUA